AUGCUCUCACGUGUUGCUGCAGUCAGGGCACCCCGCACACACAACCGUCGCCGCGUGACCGGAUCCAGCGGAAGGAGGGAAGGAAGAGAGAGUGAGCGGCAGAGGCCCAAAAUGUCCCGGCGUGUGUUUAAUUCCGUGGUGCUGCUUUUCCUCGUCGUGAUGAUGAUGUGCUGUGGGAUUGGUGGAGCUUCGCACGCUGAGGGCAAAACAAGGAAUACCAUUGAUCCGUUUAAGGGGACGACGUCGAUAUCAUUUGCUAAUUGGAAGGAGUUUAAGGACGGAAGCAAAAUCACCUCGCUUCGUGUUCCUGGCCUCGUUAAAGUGGGUGAUGAUGUAUUUGUCGUUUCUGAGGCGCAGUGCGGGGAAAAGGAUGGAGCCGGCAGCUGUGCUGGGAUCGUGUCAAAGCACCUGAAUAUAAGUGAUGACUCAAUGGAUAUUUCUACGUCGGAUUUAAGUUUGUUUCGCAUGCAACUUGUGGACACCGCCGCGAGUAGUUUUGGGACAACGGAAGUGUUGCGGCCAACGACAGUUGUAAUUGGGAACAGCGUCUACAUGCUCCUGGGAAACUACAGCCAUAAAGAGAAGCAGGUUGAACGCAAGAAAGAGCGAGGCCUUUUACUCGUGAAGGGAACUGUCUCUGAUGAGGGUGGAAUGAAGAAAAUUAGAUGGAAUGAGACCCAUGUGGUGAACCCUCAAGGCAUAGGAUAUUCUCAUUCCUUGACCGAGUUAAUUGGCGGUGGAGGAUCGGGUGCUGUGAUGGGUGAUGGCGCGAUUGUGUUUCCCAUGCAGGCCAAAGACAAGGAUGGAACGAGCGUUUUGCUGUCUAUGCGUCUCUCCAAGUCAGGGAACAAAUGGGAGCUUUCGCAAAAAAAGCCUGGUAAGGGCUGCAGGGAUCCAACCCUGGUGAAGUGGGAAAAAUGCGAAUACGGCGAAAGACUCUUCAUGAUGGCUCAUUGUGCUGGAGGCUACUAUGACGUUUACAGGUCCACUGAGGAUGGGUACAAUUGGUACGGACACUUCCAACCAAUUACGCGCGUGUGGGGCAACUCACACAAUCGAAAGGGGUACGGCGUCCAGAGUGGAUCCACGACAGCAAUCAUUGAGGGAAGGGAGGUGAUGCUCAUCACCGCGCCGGUGUAUGCGAAGGAGGACAAUGGAGAGGGUCGGCUUCAUCUUUGGGUGACGGACAAGGCACGCGUGUAUGAUGUUGGGCCGGUAUCCCGUGAAAAUGAUGACGCCGCCGCCAGCUCACUGUUGAUGAAAGAUAAUAAUAAUGAGUUGAUUUCACUGUACGAAAACAAGAAAGACGGAGCAUACAAUCUUGUUGCAGUGCGCCUGACCGAGAAACUGGAGCGGAUAAAGGAAGUGGUGAAGACAUGGAAGGAUUUGGACAGCGCCUUUGAAUCAUGCAGUUCCGUUUCCGGCGCCGCUGUCGACUUGCCAAGGAAGGGUAUGUGCUAUGGUCCUGUUCCCACCAAAGGGCUUGUUGGCUUCUUGUCUGGUAACUCAACUGUGACCGAGUGGCGGGACGAGUACCUCGGCGUGAAUGCAACAGUGACGAAUGGGGAGAAAAGGGUUCGCAAUGGAUGGACGUUCAAAGGACCCGGGGCGUGGGCGGAGUGGCCUGUUGGCGACAUGGGGCAGACUGUGCCGUACUACUUUGCUAACACCGAGUUUACUCUUUUGGCGACGGUGUCCAUCCACGAGGUGCCGGAGGUAGGCAGCGUUCCUUUGAUUGGUGUAAGGAUGAAUGACACCGACAGCACGGUGCUUUUUGGUCUGUCGUACACCCAUGACAAGAAGUGGUUGGCCAUACCGGAGGAUGUUGAUGAUGCGGGGGAUGUUGAUUUGUGGGAGCCAAACAAGACGUAUCAGGUGGUACUGCGAAUGGAUGAUAAAGAAUGGACUGUCUUUGUGGAUGGAGAGGAAAUCCACAACACGGAAUAUAAUACGAGUCUGUUUGACUUCCACAGGAUCUCACACUUCUACAUCGGUGGGGACAGUAAGCACCAAAGUGCAACGGGCGGCCACGUGACGGUGACCAACGUCAUGCUGUACAACGAGGAACUGUUGGGAGAUGAUCUGCGCAAACUCAAUGCCGGCAAAGUCACCAUUCCAUCACUGGGUGUUGAGAAACAACCCACAGGUCAGGUGACCAGCACAGACGUCUCAGUUGCUUCCGAGUCAAAGAGUGAAGAAAGCGCCGCCAGCUAUGAGGAGUUGACUGAGAGUGAUACUGAUGAACAAGAGGAAGGGAUCGUCAAUGGUCCGGUGCCUGCAGCUUCCUCUUCCACGCUUUUCGCGGGAGCCUCUAUUUCUGAGUCCGCCAUAGCAGCGCAGAGCGCAGAGAAUUCUUUUUCAGAGGACAAUGCCCAGCCUUCCGGAGACGAAACGUCUUGGCAAACCACGCUGAACGAAGCGAAGGAAUCGAUGCAACGUGAUUCAGAUGUGCAGCCACAAGACCUACAGUCAGAGAAAUUAACGGUGUUCAGUGAUGUUGAAAAAUCCUCUGAAAGUAAUGAUACAGAAGAGCCAGAGGAGGAUGGAGGAACGAAUGACCGGAGUGGCGGAACAACGUCUCCAGUGGCUGCGUCAUUGAGUAUGGAAACGGCCGCUGCAUCAGUGAACGGCGAGCACCAAGUGCAACAAAGCGUUGAGCCUUCCGCUGAAAAUGACGACGUGCGGUCCACUGGAACCGUAACUACCGGCGCGGAGGAAAGCCUCAGCCUCGAGGCGGGGGAAGGAAAUUCCGAGAGAACAAUGGGCUCAGACAGCAGCCUCACUCCUUCAAGGAGUGACGCCGAACCUACAUCCGCGGAGAACACCGACAACAUCUCUCGGACUGAAGGAACUGAAGUUUCUUCUGAAGACGGCAAGGAGGCGCCACAGACGGUCGACACCGCACCGGGCAAUACAAACACAGCGCCUGGGAAAACCGAGAUCCCAUCGGAGUCCAACGCAACAACACCCUCGGACCGUGACAUUUUGCUUGAGAAGGGGCAGCUCGGCGAGUUGGCGGCCAUGUAUCUAAUUGGUGACAGCACCGUGCAUGGGUGUGUGUCUCGGGUGUGGUUGCUGCUUCUUCUGGGGCUGUGGGGCGCAGCGGCUCUCUGCUGA